AUGGAGGUCGAACACCCCAGCAAUGCCUUACCCACAAAACAAUCUCUGGAAGGGCACUUAUUCCCAGACGUGAACCCAAUCAUCAGUCCUACAGACAGCCUCACGAUAGGGGCACAUGUUCAGGACGCGACCUCAGACACGAUCAUCCCAAAUGACAACCAUCUCAUUGCUUCGCCAUACACCGACCAGGCUCACCUUCUGGACCUCACCACGCUGGAAAGACCCAAUCAGCUCCUAGCCAGAGCGUUAUGCUCAGUCCCAUCGCGAAGCCGUCGCAAGUGGCGGUCUGCUAAAGUACUGGUUCGGAACGACGAAUGCGAACAGAGAGAACUUAGCUACGUGUUUGUUAUCCCAUUUCCUCUUAAGUCUGUCCGUGUGGGCUCCACUGACACGGCCAUGACAGGUAUCUGGCGCAGCCAACGGGAUGCACGACUUGGUGGCACAGGGCCGUGGCAUCAGCGCGCACGCACGGCCAUUGACGAGUUUUACGAGCGGAUCACGCUGACCAGGUUGAAGUUGGAGAUUGGGGAUGAUGUCAAGUCGUGGGUGUUCUCCGAGUGGAAAGAUGAGAUUGAAGGAGAUAUAUGA